AUACAGUCUGCAUUGUGAUAGUGUCCGCACGAGAAUUCUAAAUCACUCUACACAAAGAUCGGCAUACUGCAUCGACAAUUAUCACGAGAAACUUGGGCAAGAGUGCCCAACGAAGCAACAUGGAUCCGAAGACUAACGAAACACCCCUUCUAACUAAGAUUCUUCGUCGCUUUAAAGGACAGAGCGAUAAGAACAAACGAUGUGCGAAAUAUUCACCAGCAGACAGGCAGAAUGACAUCAAACAUGUUACUGGAGACGGCCAUGCUAGUAGCCCUUGCGGAUGUCACUGUGUUGCCUUCUGUCGAAAGAGUCUGGAUGAAAAUCAUUCCUCAGACUCUCUUGUCCAUUCUAAGUUCUCCGUCUCGAAGAGAUGUAUUGAUCCUCAGUUCACUUUCCCCGAGACGUUUUGCCCGAACUCUAUCGUGAUGCACGAAGGCUAUUCAAGUUUGUGCGAGUUGCUCGAUCAGUUUCAUAGGUCCUCCCCCUCCACGGCUACCCUGACGAAACCGUGUAAGCGUGAUUCCCAAAUUCAAACGGACCCACUACCAAAUCUGCCUCCUCUUGGCUCUCACGAACAAAUUCUGCUCAUUAAUACGAACACCAGCCCCGCUCAAAGUCCUAAACUUUACAGUUCUCAAAUAGCUGAAAAGCAGUGUCCAAUCCCGACCGAGACAACUCAACGAGAGUCGUUUGACCAAACCACCUCCUCCGGAUAUUCCACGUGUUCAUUUGUUCGAAAGACAAGUGCUUCUCGUACUCAUAGUUAUCCAUCUCUGCCGCAAGAUGCACCCUUGAGUCCGGGCAUGGGGAACUUCCGAUUUGACUACAGACUCAGAACGUCAAGUUGUAUGCUGGUGUCGCCCACUAGGAGUGAUUCAAGCCAACCAAGCGAAUUUCAGCAUAACAUUAUGAGUACAGAUCGUGAGCAUUGGGAUCAGGAGUCAUCUUCCGUUUCGACGGGCUUUGGUAGUAGACCAUCACGAACCCAAAGCCAAUCGACACCCACCCAUGAGAACCACCAUGACGAUUUUGUUGCUCCCGAUCACAGGCGUCGAUCUCUGUCCGAUUCGUAUGCGUGUGAAGCUUUGCGGGGGGCAAAGCGGGGCGAGAAAAUGCUUAAGAUGAGGAGGAAUGGAUCUGAUGGGAAAAAUGGAAGUUUUUCACCGGGACUCAUUUCACCGUACCGCGAAGAUAAACUGAAAAGUACGCUCGCAUUCGAGGAUAAGUUGUCGAAGAAAACAGCCUUCUCCACUUUCCUGGAUAAGAUGCCUAAACUGAGUCUCCUCAAACGGUUCAAAGAAAAGUCCUUGCAGUACGAGAGCGUUCCAGACCUGAGUAAAUUUGGAACCCCAAAGACAACACGAAGACUAAAAAGCAUUUGUAGAAAUGUCCGAUCACAUGAGCAGCUUGACCAAGAAGGGAUGAGACAUUAUCGGGCUUGUUUAGUAAGUUCUUCAAAGACACAGGGAAGUAGUCCUCAACAUUCUGAUUGUGGCUACAUCGAUCCUGAUACGGUGUCCCGAAAUUUCAGCAAGAAAAACGCUCUUAAUCUGACGAAAUCGGUGAGAAAAACCAUGUCUAUCAAUUCAAUUGACACUAAUGUACGGAACGUCACCUGUGGUUCAGUGGAUACGACUCCGUACCACCGAAGCGCUUUACAUCCCCCCGCCCCUCGAUCUAGCAAUCUGGCAGAUGUGGUAGGACACCAGGACAGCGAUGAAUUCUAUAUGACCUUUGACCCCAAUUUGAACCCACCAUGUCUCCAAACAGCAGAAUCAUACGAAACGCCGCUGAUGAUCAGGAGACCGCUUCGUCAGAGUAAUGGCAUCGCAUCGGACAACAAGCGCUUGGACCAGAACGGCCAGAGGUCACGGUACGAGAGACUCGGGAACGCCGAAGAAGACGAUAUUGACCACACAACCACUUCAAAUAGCUGUUGGUCCAUCAUGCCGCCCAAGCACCUGUGGAGGCAACGCUCUGCGAUCAACCACGACAAUCGCAAGUACAUGCCACUGCCUCCAUUACCGACAGAAGACAAGAAGCAAGAUAUCUACCAGGAAAUACCGUGUGAUACCGUCUUUACUCCCACCUGGGCGUCAUCUCCGCCAUGUACACCCAUGUCUUCACGUCAUCCUUCCACGCUCGAAUACACCUCCUCUCAAAGAGACUUCUACCCGUAUCCAUCUAAUGAGGACAUGCACCAUGCUGUCCACCCCCAGUCGAAGUCUAGGUUUGGUAUAUUUACACACUCUCCCUCCAGUUCACCCGGUAACCUGACAUCGCCACCCCGAUCACCAGGGCAUGGAAAUGUAUUCUUCUCUGAGGAGUUCAUGGCUAAGAAGCUCCCAGUGGUCUCGGAGAAUGGCAUGCGGAGACGACCGGACUACAUCUCCGUGCACCCCACGGACUUGUCUGAAGAUGGGGUGGAUACCAGGGAGACGGGUGCACGAUCUCCUCCGCUGCACGUGGCGCAUCGUAACCUAAAACGUACGCUUCGCGUACCAAACAUGCCUGUAAGACAGACUCAAUACCAAGGGUACCACCCCAGCUCCUCUGUGGAAGACAAUAAGUGUGAUGUGAGGGGAAAUGUUUCUAGAGGGAAAAUCAGGAUUCCACCCAUCUUCCUUCAACAAUAGGCUUCACUAGACGAGUUCAUUUGGACCUAAAUUGCCCUCUAGCCCCAAAAUCUUUUCCCUUAUCCAUUAUGUACAAUCAUCAGGAUAGACAGUGUCAAGUUUUAUGUAUCAAGUGAGGAUCUCUAUUAAAAACGGCGAUUACAAUUUUUACAGAUAUUCCGGGACGAUUUGAACCAAUAGAUCACUGGAUGGACGCGAAAAAUGCGGAUAUUUUCCUGGGUCACUUCCUGCAACUAACAAAAACACUCUCAUUAUUAUUCAAAGGUGUUGAAACCAAUUAUGAAGGAGGCAUGUUUUUACAAAAAAAUCACAUGUUUACUGGCAGAUUUGCCAGUAAAAUUGCCAAUGGUAGGGAGCACGUUUCUUUAUAUUAUUUUACAUAUUAUCAUGCCAAAGAAAAGCGGUUGCAAUUGCCCCCUCUCGAAAGUGCAUAACUUAAGUGGUCAUCUCAUAGUCUACAAUGUGAAUGAGCUACUAAAAUGACAACAUUGCUCUAUAUAAUAGGUAUAAUACCUUUAUUAUCAUGACAUUUUUUU